ACUUUAGCCUGCUCCACUUUCUAUUUUGCUGUGAUUUCCCUGCCUGUCCUCAGCUCCGGGAUCUGGUCCGGAGACACACCUCGCACCCCUGCACCACCACCGCCACCACCACCACCACCACCCGGUCUCCGGUCUCCGGUCUCCAUCAGCACCGACAGAGAAAGCUGCGCGCUUCACUUUCAAGCCGUGUUGCUCCCGGUGGGAACCGUUAUCGUCUCCGGGCCAUACCCACGGAGGAAGGCUGCAUUUCACCACUGGGACUCCUUGGGGCGAGCACCGUCGUUUGGUAGCUCGGUUGUCGGUGACAUUCCCGGGCGGCCCUGUCUGCCGGGGCGGAGCCGCAUGCCAGCGGAGCUGCUCCGCGGCGGAACUGCGUGACGCCCCGCGGUAUGGACGUUGUGCCAGGCCGAGGUGGGGACGGAGCGGAGAUGCCCUCUGGCUAGCAGUGCUAACGCUCCGACCGCACACAGGUCGAAAAAAAACGUAAAGUAGUCCGAGUCAGUCGCUAGCAACUCGGAGGAGUGUUUGUUUUUAAGACGGGCUGCCGGGCGUUGCCGAGAGGACUGGAAAUGAGUUAGUUUAAUGGGCUGUUUUUGAGCCGACGUUUGCACUCGGCGCUGUGAGGGUAGCUAGCGUCGCUCGUGCGCAUCAUAAACAACAAAUGCCUCCUUAUUCACUGACGGAGGCGACUGCAGUGCCCGUUGCGUGCACAGUGUGCGUGCACACGCGUGUUUUCAGUCAUUGAAAGUCUUUUUUAACUGCACGGCGGACGGCUACACAAGCAUGACAACAAAGUAGUAGUGUGGUGGCAUAACAAGACGUAGGCUGGCAUUUCUGUGGCGGUCUGCACCAUCAAGGAUAAAAGACAGCGGCUCAACUUGUUGACCAUGGAGGGCAAUGUGCAACAACAGAAAACCACUCCUCUGGCCCGAGAACUGACCAAGAUAUUCAGCAGCUACAACAAGCACUCCGUGCAGCUGAAGAAGAACCUGAAGGAGACCAACUCUUUCUUCAGAGAGAUCAGGCAGAACUACAGCAAUGCGUGUGCGUCGACCAUUAGUUCGGAUUCCGCUUCACUGGAGGCAGGUCAGCUUAGCUGCAUCUCUUUUCCGAGUCACGAGGAAGAGUUCCUCCGCAACACGGUGGGUGCUGCCCCGUACAUCCUGGUUCUGGGGCAAGACUGCGCUGCUCGCUACCAGCUGCUCAACUGUCUUCUGGGAGAGAGGCUGCUGCCGCUGGGCCCCGAGGCUGGAGAGGCAUGCGAAGGAGUGCAGGGCACCGUGUGCAAGAGGCGGAAGCUGUGUUUCACUCACGGGAGGCAAACACGGCUCAGUCUGGCCCUGCCAGGACAGUACGAGCUGGUGCACCAGCUGGCGGCCAACCGCGGCCGCUGGGACACGGUUCCCAGAGAGGACUUAGAGAUCCACGAGGAGUGUGAGGACCCAGCUCACCGGCUAGCAGAGCUGGAAAUCACGCUGCAUCACCCGCUGCUUCAGGAAGCAAAGGUCAUGGUGGUGCCUUGUCCGAGUGUCCAGCCCAUCGAAGAGGCGCUGGAGGACUGCACCCGCAGCGUGAUCCCCGUCAUCCUCUACGCCAUCAACCAGGACACCCUGAGCACAGAGCAGGUGGCCGAGCUGUGGAAGGUCAAAGAGAUGCUCCCCUUUCCCAUCUGCUUCGUCCGCAUCCCCGACUCCAUCGCGGCGGCCUCGCCGGAGCCUGGCCGCCGCGCCGAGAAAGAGAGGGAGAAGAGCGCCCUCCACAAGCAGCUACUCUCCCUCGGCUUCCUGAACAACCCCACGGCGAACUGCUCCUGCGGUGCCCCCACGCAGAUGCCCACCCCGGGAGCCAAGCCCCAGAGCAUGCUGGGAGAAGCCUUUGAAAGACUGCACCGCCUGCUGGUGCCGUUCACUCGCCAGGUGCUUCAGAACCAGCAGGUGGAAGCCGCCAACCUGCUGAACGGGGUUCACUGUCGAUGCCUGGACCUUUUUAUCAACCAGGCCUUUGACAUGCAGAGAGACCUGCAGAUAACGCCCCGCCGGCUGGAGUACACCCGUGAGAAAGAGGGUGAACUCUUCACCUCCCUCAUGGCCAUCGCUAACCGAAAACAGGAGGAGAUGAAGGAGAUGAUUGUGGAGACGCUCAGCAGCAUGAAGGAGCAGCUGCUGGACGAUGCUGCCAAUCUGGAGUUCACAGACAUCAUCGUAACAACAAACGGAGAGCCUGUUACGUCAAAGGAGAUCAAAUCGUGCAUCCACCAGAUCCAGGAGCUGAUAGUGGUUCGCUUGAAUCAGGCUGUGGCCAACAAGCUGAUCAGCUCCGUGGACUAUCUGAGGGAAAGCUUUGUGGGGACCCUGGAGCGAUGCCUCAGCAGCCUGGAGAAAUCCACCUUUGACUCCUCGGUUCACAACAUUACUUCAAACCACCUCAAACAGUUGCUAAACGCUGCCUACCACGUCGAGGUCACCUUUCAUUCAGGUUCGUCCGUCACGAGACUCGUGUGGGAGCAAAUCAAGCAGAUACUCCACAGGAUAACGUUUGUCAACCCUCCCGCCAUCACCCCCGAGUGGAAGCGGAAAGUAGCGCAGGACGCCAUCGAAAGCCUCAGCGCUGCCAAACUGGCGCGAAGCAUCUGCUCUCAGUUCAGAACCCGUCUGAACAGCUCCCACGAAGCCUUCGCAGCAUCUCUGCGCCAGCUGGAGGAGGGACACACGGGCCGUCUGGAGCGCACCGAGGAUCUGUGGCUGCGUGUGAGGAAGGACCACGCCCCCCGGCUGGCCCGCCUGUCCUUGGAGAGCCGCUCCCUGAGGGACGUGCUGCUGCACGGCAAGCCGAAGCUGGGCCGGGAGCUGGGCCGGGGUCAGUACGGAGUGGUGUACCUGUGUGACAGCUGGGGCGGGCACUACCCCUGCGCCCUCAAGUCCGUCGUACCGCCCGACGAUAAACACUGGAACGACCUGGCUUUAGAGUUUCACUACACCAGGUCCCUGCCCAAACAUGAGCGGCUGGUCGACCUGCACGGCUCGGUUAUCGAUCACACUUACGGCGGCGGCUCCAACAUCGCCGUGCUGCUGAUCAUGGAGCGGCUGCACCGAGACCUCUACACAGGCCUGAAGGCCGGUUUGGCUCUGAGGGAGCGGCUUCAGAUCGCUCUGGACGUGGUGGAGGGGAUCCGCUUCCUCCACGGUCAGGGUCUGUUGCACCGAGACAUCAAGCUAAAAAACGUUCUGUUGGACAAACAAAACCGUGCGAAGAUCACUGACCUCGGUUUCUGUAAGCCAGAGGCCAUGAUGUCCGGCAGCAUCGUGGGGACUCCCAUCCACAUGGCUCCAGAGCUGUUUACAGGAAAAUACGACAACUCCGUGGACGUUUACGCCUUCGGCAUCCUGUUCUGGUAUCUGUGCACCGGUUCAGUGAAGCUCCCAGAGGCCUUUGAGAAAUGCUCCAGCAAGGACCAGCUGUGGAACAACGUCAAGAAAGGUGCCCGGCCCGAGCGGCUGCCCUCCUUCGAUAAGGAAUGCUGGCAGCUGAUGGAGGCGUGCUGGAAUGGAGACCCUUCCCUGAGACCCCUGCUCGGCAUCGUGGAGCCCAGCCUGCAAAGCAUCAUGGUCCGGCUCUGCAACUGCGACUCGGAGCAGAAGAGCAGCAGCCUCGAAGACUCAAACUGAAAACACUCUCGACAAACUAACACGUGCACAUUAGGGACUCUGAUCAGAGAAAAAAAAAAA